AUGCCUUGGACCAGAAAUACCUGCUACGCCACCGGAGUCCCCCGCCGGCCUGCGCCGUCGCCGGCCCUACCACUGCCUCCCGUUCGUAGUGGAAACCGAUGCAUGCGACGACAGUUGAGGGCACAUCACGUCGAGCUCAUUGUGGGUACGUGGCGGGAGGCGGUGGUGGGGCCGGCGACGGUGCAGGCCGACGGGGGCUCCGGUGGGGUAGCAACAGCUGGCGCGGUGCGGCGGUCUUCGCCCCGCGGGGAGAAGUUGAUAUCACGGUGCGGAGGUCUCGCGAGCUGUGCUGGGAAAAAGAAUGAUGCAUGUGCCGCGGCCCACUGGCUGCCGCGGCGCGGGGCGUAUUUUCUGACCUUCUGUCCAAGACGUGUCGUAAGCACGACACGAUGCGGCGGCGGCGGUUGGAAGAUGGAUGCUCAAUUGGCGGCCAUUUUGGGGGCGGACCCGGCGCCGUUCGAGACUCUCAUCUCCCACUUGAUGUCAUCGGCCAACGAACAGCGAUCCCAGGCCGAGUCAAUCUUCAAUCUGAUCAAGCAGAACGAUCCCAAUUCGCUCGCCCUCAAACUCGCCCAACUUAUCUCAUCAUCUGUGCACCCUGAGGCUCGUGCCAUGGCCACCAUCCUUCUCCGGAAGCAGCUUACUCGGGACGACUCCUACAUCUGGCCACAACUCACCGAGUCGACUCGUUCCUCCAUUAAGAGUACCUUGCUGUCCGCAAUCCAGAACGAGGAGUCCAAAUCUAUAAUAAAAAAACUCUGCGACACCAUCUCCGAGCUCGCUUCCUCGUUGUUACCCGAAAAUCAGUGGCCUGAACUUUUGCCCUUCAUGUUUCAGUGUGUGACUUCCAGUUCGCCGAAAUUGCAGGAGUCUGCCUUCUUGAUAUUCUCCCAAUUAGCCCAAUUUAUUGGAGAAAUAUUGCUCCCAUACAUAACCGAUUUACACACUGUGUUUCUGAACGUGCUGAAUAGCUCUCCCAAUCCGGAUGUAAAGAUAGCAGCGCUGAGUGCCGUUAUCAAUUUUAUCCAGUGUUUGUCAAGCUCGAAUGACCGCGAUAGGUUCCAGGAUUUGCUGCCUUCAAUGAUGAGGACGUUGACCGAGGCACUGAAUUCGGGACAGGAGGCUACUGCACAGGAGGCUUUAGAAUUACUGAUCGAAUUGGCUGGCACAGAACCUAGGUUCCUGCGGAGGCAGAUUGUGGAUGUUGUUGGGUCCAUGCUGCAGAUAGCAGAGGCCGAGAGCCUGGAGGAGGGCACAAGGCAUUUGGCAAUUGAGUUUGUAAUUACAUUAGCUGAAGCACGGGAAAGAGCGCCUGGAAUGAUGCGCAAGUUGCCACAGUUCAUUAGCAGGCUUUUUGCGAAUUUGUUGAAGAUGCUUUUGGAUGUGGAGGACGAUCCCGCCUGGCACAGUGCAGAGGCUAAGGACGAGGAUGCUGGGGAGACCGGUAAUUACAGUGUGGGGCAGGAGUGUUUGGACAGGCUCGCAAUGGCUCUUGGUGGGAAUACAAUUGUUCCUGUGGCAUCUGAGCAGCUUGCUGCUUUUUUGUCGGCUCCUGAGUGGCAGAAGCAUCACGCUGCCCUUAUUGCCCUUGCACAAAUAGCGGAAGGUUGUUCUAAGGUAAUGAUUAAAAAUUUGGAGCAUGUCGUGAACAUGGUUUUGAACUCCUUUCAACAUCCUCAUCAACGUGUGAGAUGGUCAGCUAUUAAUGCAAUUGGUCAGCUAUCGACCGACUUGGGUCCAGAAUUGCAAGUUCAGUACCAUCAACGUGUGCUGCCGGCUCUUGUUGCAGCUAUGGAUGAUUUCCAGAAUCCUCGAGUUCAGGCACAUGCAGCUUCGGCAAUCCUUAACUUCAGUGAGAACUGUACUCCAGAAAUUUUGACUCCUUACUUAGAUGGGACAGUGCAGAAGCUGCUUGUACUUCUACAGAACUCCAAACAAAUGGUGCAAGAGGGUGCCUUAACUGCUUUAGCUUCAGUUGCUGAUUCAUCGCAGGAACACUUCCAAAAAUACUAUGACGCUGUCAUGCCUUAUCUGAAAGCAAUCUUGGUUAAUGCGACAGACAAGUCUAACCGCAUGCUUCGCGCGAAAGCUAUGGAAUGCAUCAGCCUAGUUGGUAUGGCAGUUGGGAAGGAGAAAUUCAAGAAUGAUGCUAAGCAGGUGAUGGAAGUGCUUAUGUCAUUGCAAGGAUCACAAAUGGAGACCGACGAUCCAACUACCAGUUACAUGCUACAGGCCUGGGCUCGACUUUGCAAAUGUUUAGGGCAGGAUUUUCUUCCUUACAUGAGCGUAGUUAUGCCUCCUUUGCUUCAGUCUGCUCAGCUAAAGCCUGAUGUCAUCAUUACAUCUGCUGAUUCAGAUGAUGAAAUUGAUGAGUCAGAUGAUGAAAGCAUGGAGAUCAUAACCCUCGGCGAUAAAAGAAUUGGCAUUAAAACUAGUGUCCUAGAAGAAAAGGCCACUGCCUGCAAUAUGCUGUGUUGCUAUGCUGAUGAAUUAAAGGAAGGUUUUUUCCCAUGGAUUGAUCAGGUAGCCCCAAUACUGGUUCCACUUUUGAAGUUUUAUUUCCAUGAAGAAGUCAGGAAGGCUGCUGUUUCAGCAAUGCCUGAGCUUCUGCGUUCUGCAAAAUUGGCUGUGGAAAAGGGGAUUGCUCAGGGCUUUAAUGAGCAAUAUGUUAAGCAGUUGUGUGAUUACAUAGUUGUUCCUUUAGUUGAAGCUUUACAUAAGGAACCUGAUACAGAGAUAUGUGCAAAUAUGUUGGAUUCUUUGAAUGAAUGUGUGCAGAUUUGUGGACCGCUUUUAGACGAGAGUCAGGUCAGAAGAAUUGUGGAUGAGAUAAAGCAGGUGAUCACUGCUAGCUCAAGUAGGAAAAAGGAGAGGGCCGAAAGAGCCACAGUUGAAGAUUUCGAUGCUGAGGAGGGAGAACUGAUUAAAGAAGAAAAUGAGCAAGAGGAAGAAGUAUUUGACCAGAUUGGCGAAUUAUUGGGAACGCUAAUUAAAACAUUCAAGGGUUCGUUCUUGCCUUUCUUUGAUGAACUGACAUCAUAUCUGAUGCCUAUGUGGGGGAAGGAUAAGACAGCGGAAGAGAGAAGAAUUGCUAUUUGUAUAUUUGAUGAUGUAGCUGAACAAUGCCGUGAAGCAGCUCUGAAGUAUUAUGAUACGUAUCUUCCUUUCCUCUUUGAGGCUUGCAAUGAUGAAAAUCCAGAUGUCAGACAGGCUGCCGUGUAUGGACUUGGAGUAUGUGCAGAGUUUGGAGGCUCUAUAUUUAAACCACUUGUAGGAGAGGCUCUUUCAAGGCUUAAUGUGGUUAUCAAGAACCCAAAUGCUUUGCAGCCAGAAAAUGUGAUGGCAUAUGAUAAUGCUGUUUCUACUCUGGGAAAGAUUUGCCAAUUUCAUCGUGACAGCAUUGAUUCAGCUCAGGUAGUUGUUCCUGCCUGGCUGAGUUGCUUGCCAAUAAAGGGUGAUCUUAUCGAGGCAAAAGUUGUUCAUGACCUGCUUUGUUCAAUGGUAGAGAGGUCUGACGGUGAACUUUUGGGCCCCAAUAACCAGUAUCUCCCCAAAAUUGUUUCCGUGUUUGCUGAGGUUCUGUGUGCUGGUAAGGAUCUUGCCUCGGAUGAAACUGCUGGUCGAAUGGUUAAUUUGUUGAGACAGCUACAGCAGACGCUACCUCCUUCCACGCUGGCAUCCACGUGGUCGUCCUUGCAACCUCAGCAGCAGCUUGCUUUGCAGUCAAUUCUGUCAUCACAGGGCUGA